UAAUUAUUUUUAUUCAUAAACCAAUUUAGAUAUAAGUAAAUUAUUGUAAAAAUUUCAGGUAGACAUGGUAGUUCUUACAGAUGGCAGCCGUAUUCUUGGGCUUGGUGAUCUUGGGGUUCAGGGAAUGGCCAUACCUAUUGGAAAGCUCGAUAUGUAUGUUGCUGCUGCUGGUAUCAAUCCUCAAAGAAUCCUUCCUAUCAUGCUUGAUGUUAGAACUAACAAUCAACAGCUAGUAGAUAAUCCCCUUUAUAUAGGACUACGACAACCUAGAUUAGAAGGGGAUGAAUAUAUAUCGGUAGUGGAUGAAUUAAUGGAAGCUCUUCAUGCACGUUGGCCAAAGGCUAUUGUCCAGUUUGAAGACUUUCAAUUCAAGUGGGCUUUUGAAACUCUUGAAAGAUACCGGAAGAAGAUCUGCAUGUUCAAUGAUGACAUACAGGGAACUGUUGGUGUUGCAUUGGCUGGAUUACUUGGAACUGUUAGGGCACAAGGUCGCCCUUUAUCAGACUUUGCAAACCAAAAAAUUGUCGUUGUUGGUGCUGGAAGUGCAGGGCUUGGUGUUCUUAAAGUGGCCUAUCAGGCGGCUGCAAGGAUGGCAGGAUCAGAAGCAAAACCUCAGUUUUUCCUACUUGAUAAAGACGUAUGAUUUUACGAAAAUGCC